CCUGCGCGUGGCCGCUCGGCGGCGCCCGGGACAGUCGGGAACCGCGCCCGCAGCCGCCGGCCGAGUGGCCGGAGAGGGCGAUGGAGCUGGAGCCCGAGGUGUUGCUGCAGGAGGCUCGCGAGAACGUGGAGGCGGCGCAGAGUUACAGGCGGGAGCUGGGCCAGAGGCUGCAGGGGCUGCGGGAGGCGCGGAGGCAGAUUAAAGAGAGUGCAUCACAGACAAGAGAUGUCCUCAAACAGCAUUUUAAUGAUUUAAAGGGAACCCUUGGGAAGCUCCUGGAUGAGCGAUUGGUGACCCUUUUGCAGGAGGUGGACACCAUUGAACAGGAGACCAUUAAACCACUAGAUGACUGCCAGAAGCUCAUAGAGCAUGGAGUUAACACAGCAGAGGACUUAGUCCAAGAAGGUGAGAUCGCCAUUCUUGGUGGUGUAGGGGAAUGGAAUGAAAAACUGUGGAGUUUUACCAAAAAGGCCUCACACAUUCAGCUGGACAGCUUACCAGAAGUGCCUUUACUGGUUGAUGUGCCCUGUUUAUCUGCUCAGUUGGAUGACUCAGUUCUUAACAUUGUGAAAGACCACAUUUUCAAGCAUGGAACAGUAGCAUCUCGGCCACCAGUACAGAUAGAAGAACUAAUAGAGAAGCCUGGGGGUAUUGUCGUCCGAUGGUGUAAGGUGGAUGACGACUUUACAGCCCAAGAUUACAGGCUCCAGUUUCGUAAAUGUACUUCAAAUCAUUUUGAGGACGUAUAUGUAGGCUCUGAAACUGAAUUCAUAGUAUUGCACAUAGACCCCAAUGUUGAUUAUCAGUUCAGAGUCUGCGCCCGAGGAGAUGGCCGGCAGGAGUGGAGUCCUUGGAGCGUCCCCCAGAUGGGUCAUUCCACAUUGGUGCCUCAUGAGUGGACAGCUGGUUUUGAGGGGUACAGUCUGAGCAGUCGAAGAAAUAUAGCCCUCCGGAAUGAUUCUGAAUCCAUGGGUGUUCUCUACUCCAGUGCUCCGACUUACUUCUGUGGGCAGACCUUAACAUUCAGAGUUGAUACUGUGGGACAACCAGACAGAAGAGACAGUAUAGGAGUGUGUGUAGAAAAACAGAAUGGAUAUGACUCUCUGCAGCGGGAUCAAGCAGUGUGCAUUAGUACAAAUGGUGCAGUUUUUGUAAAUGGAAAAGAAAUGACUAAUCAGUUGCCAGCAGUUACUUCUGGGUCCACUGUCACAUUUGACAUUGAAGCUGUGACUCUGGGAUCCACCAAUAAUAACGAAGGCGGAAACUUCAAGCUUCGAGUCACUAUUAGUUCAAAUAACAAAGAAGUAGUUUUUGAUUGGUUACUUGAUCAGUCUUGUGGUUCUCUUUACUUUGGAUGCUCGUUUUUCUAUCCUGGAUGGAAAGUGCUGGUGUUCUAGGUUUUUGGGUGGUUGGCUUUGGUUCGUAGGGUGUCCCCAGCCCAGUGUAGUUAGUAAUUGAUAAGGAAAUUGUUAGAUUCAUCUCUCAGUUAAGCCAUUGGAAAUGGAAAUUGUUUACUGGAUUUACUUUGGAUGUUUUAUCAAUAAGAUUUGAAUAUUAUGGGCAAAACCAUAUUGCAGUCAGUUUUAUUUUUAGCACAGUGUUAGUUCAAAUUGGCUUUUAAAGUAUAAGGAGAUACAGAAAGUGUUAUAUACUCUUCCACUGUACUUCUUUUUAAAGUUGGUUAUUAGAACAGAAAAACUUAAUGUCACAUUAUUUCAUUAAAUUGCCAUCUUUUAAGGAUCCAAGGCCGUGGAAGACUUCAGAAUAAAAGAACAGGAAAAGACCAGAUAGAACCCAGAGUUCUGUAAUAUACAUUGACUUGUGUGCUCUGUGAGUGAGUGUUGAAUAUGCUCUCCAUAUCCAGGUAUUUGUAAGCAGUAUUUAAUUUUAUCUCAUGUUUCAUUCCUUAAAUCCCAAAAGCAUAAUAAUUUUUGCAUUUUUAAAAUUACUAAGCCAAUGUCUAAAUAGGCAAAAUAUUUUCUUUUGUUCUUUCCUUGCAAUUCAUUUCAUGAUAGACUAGAGAAUUUUUUACAGGGUAAAACUUGUUAUGGAAGUAGUAUGCACAGCAGUAUUAGCCAUUUCAUAUGGAUGUAGUAUGCACAUAUGCAUACCCAGGCUCAGUGAUAGGGGUGCCACCAUUCAUAGGGAAUGAGCUGCAGUCCAGUUUAAUGUCAGCUUUAUAAAUGGUCUUUUAGUGGACCAAACAGAUGUAGGGUAAAUACUUGACCUGUUUUUUGGAAAACUUUAAUUUGUUUGAAAUAUUUAUUUGAUGGACAUCCUUAGUAUCUUAACUUGCUAUACCAGCCUACAGACUUUUUUGAAUGUGAAUUUUUUUUUUUCAUUUUUAACAGUAGAAAAGUAGCAAAGCAAGUGUGAUAUUUUUGUAAGAUAAUUUAUUUGGGGAUUCAAAUUCCCUGUUAGACAAUCAUGAGUUUUUUUCUCUUGCUGUUUUCUAUAUAAGUAAGUCAUAUCUCACUCAUUUAGUGAUUAUUAAGAUGUGCUAGAAUGUAGAUGCCUUGUCUAGCUGUCUGAAACAAAAUAAAAACCUGGAAGUUAAA